GGAGGAGAAAUAUUUCCUCACGGCACAGUGACAGUCGAAACCUGUCAAAAAGAAUACCACUGAACAGAUAUGUGUUGCUAAAAUAGAGACUUAACUUUUUUCAUAUUUUCCUCUGGGCGGCAUAUACAUUAUGCCACUGUAUGCCGGAAACAAAAUGGUUAACUUGAAUUAGUUGUAUUUAUUGAUAUUUUCGCUUGUGAAUGUAGGCUAGCUAAUUCACAAGAUCCUAUCUAGCUAGCCAAAUAAAAGAUUUUUGUCACAUUUGUCCACUUCUGUCAGAUUGAUCAGCCUUCCAGAGUUGGCAGGAUGAACCGGGGGUGGAGAGCGGGCAGGUGCCUGGGGCCCAAGGUCUACCCGGCCGCCCCGGACGGGGACUGGGGCUGGGUGGUGGCGGUGGCGUUCUUCGUGGUGGAGGUGUUCACCUACGGCGUCAUCAAGAGCUUUGGCGUCUUCCUGCAGGACCUCAUGAGCGAGUUCGGCGAGACCAACAACCGCAUCUCCUGGGUCGUCUCCAUCAGCGUGUUCGUCAUGACCUUCACCGCUCCCCUGUCCUCGGUGCUGAGCAACCGCUUUGGGGUCAGGCCCGUCGUGAUGAUGGGCGGGUUCCUCAUCAGCCUGGGAACCAUAACAACUGGCUUCGCCAGAUCUGUCAAUCAGAUGUACCUCACCACAGGGAUUGUCUCAGGCCUGGGGUACUGCCUGACCUUCCUGCCCACCGUCACCAUCCUGUCUCAGUACUUCAACAAGCGGCGCUCCCUCGUCACGGCCACCGCCUCCACCGGAGAGUGCAUCUCCAUCUUUGCCCUCGCGCCGGCGCUGACAGCGAUGAAGGAGCGCAUCGGCUGGCGGAUGUGCCUGGUGGUGGUGGGAGUCCUGCAGUCCAGCAUCAUCCUCUGCGGCGUCCUCCUCAGACCCAUCGUCAUCAGAACCACAGAGGAAGAGAGGCGGGAGGAGGGGGCCGCAAACGCACCGCUGAAAGGCCCCGACGCCCAGAACGAGGAGACGCGCACCUCCCUCACCUCCUCCGACUCAGGGGUGCAGUCGCUGGGCGCCUCGCGGACGGACCUGGCCGGCGGCCGGAAGGCGGGCGGGGCGGAGGAGAAGGCGGUGACCCCUGACCCCGCCGGCGGCCCCGGCCCCGCCCGCGCCCGGCUCCUGGACCUCUCGGUGCUGCGGGACUGGAGCUUCCUGUGCUACGCACUCUUUGGCCUGUUCGCCACGCUGGGCUUCUUCGCCCCGCAGCUGUACGUGAUCGAGCUGAGUGUGAGCCGCGGCGUCGCCCGGGAGACGGCCGCCUACAUGCUGUCCGCCAUGGCGGUGGCCGAGAUCGUGGGCCGGCUGUCCAUCGGCGUGGUGAUGAACCGCCGGCCCGUGCGCAAGAUCUACAUCCUGCUCGCGUGCGUGGCCCUGCUGUGCGGCGUGCUGCUGCUGUUCACCGCCGUGACGGGGUUCUGGGGCCUGGCGGUGUGCUGUGUGCUGUACGGGUUCCUGCUGGGGACCGUCUGCUCCACCCACAUCCCCAUGCUGGCCGAGGACGACGUGGUGGGCAUCGACCGGAUGUCCUCCGCCGCCGGGAUCUACGUCUUCAUCCACAGCUUCGCCUGCCUGGGGGGCCCGCCGCUGGGAGGGAUCCUGGUGGACGUCACGAAGAACUACGGCUCAGCCUUCUACUCGUGUGCGGUGGGGAUGAGCCUGGGGGCCCUGUUCCUGGGCCUGGUGCGUCCCGCCAAGCAGUGGCACUGCUGCACCAGGAGGGGGCGCCGCCAGGAGGAGCAGGAGGCCGCCGAGCAGGCCGUCGCCCUCCAGCCCAGCCAGGAGAAGCCCGCGGACUUCCUGGAGGUGGAUGUCGUCAUGGAGACGAGCCCCACACAGCAGCAGCGCGAGGAGGAAGUCUGAGAGCCGGAGACAAAAUGGCCGCCUGUAACAAACGGUCAAAUGUCCUGUCGUGUUGAAGGAAAGUGGCAGGUGGACACGAAAAAAGAAAGAAGGAAAAAAACAAAACAAAACAAAAAAAAAACCCUGUACUUUUUUGGCAAAGGUCAGGGUGACGUCUUUUCUCUUGCAGUUUUUGUUGGUCUGCGUUCAGGUCUGAAGACAAACAGGGUUUUUUCUCAGCUUUUUCUUCCCGUUCCUGUCAGGAGCGGGAUUCCCACAGAGAGACCUUCAGCAUUUACACUGUUUCUGUGCGCUGAACCACUGCUCUGGGGUGGCUACAGAAAUGGCCAAACACACUUGAAAAUACUUGAUUGUAGUCUUUUUUUAUUACUUUACAUUAUUGGCAUUUGGCAGACGCUCUUAUGCAGCGCGAUUAGACCAGGCAGGAAACAAUACCCCCUGGAGCCAUGCAGGGUUAAGGGCCUUGCUCAGUAGUCAAAAUGUUCAGACAAAUAUCAAUCAUACUGUGGCGGCUAGACCUACUCAUAUCACCCUCAUACAAGCAGAAAAAUAUGCACUCUGCAACAGAACAGUCAGUUAAUAGAGUCUGUUCUGUAGCAAAACUUUCAGGUAAUGGAGUCUGUUCUGUAGCAAAACCGGGGGGGGGGGGGGGAGAAA